AUGAGAGUAAAUGCUCUUAAAAAGCUCGCCAAACUCCGUGGUACCUCAAGAACUGUGGUCGAUGUGAAAUGCGGGCAUCCAGCGGUGCCGAUGAACGCGAGGGUCUCGCUGUCGGACGAGUCGCUCAAGGUCGGCACGACGGCCACAUACUCCUGCGACGUCGGCUACGAGCUGUUUGGCGGCAACGCCAUGAGCUGCGGCAACAAAGGAAAGUGGCAGGGAGAGCUGCCGUUUUGCGGAGCGAACGUCGGCUUCCGUAAGCCAGCCAACCAGUCGACGACGGUGCGCGGCGGGGACGCCAAUCACGGGAACGACGGGGACCUCAGCACCGAGCACGACGGCAAGCACUGCACCGAGACCCAAAGUGAGCCCAGUCCCUGGUGGCGGGUCGACCUGCUCAAACCCUACUCGGUCAAGGUCGUCCGAGUUACGACCAGAGGCUGCUGCGGUCACCAACCUCUCCAGGACAUCGAGAUCCGCGUGGGCAACAGCAGCGCUGAACUACAGAGAAAUCCACUUUGCGCUUGGUUCCCGGGUACUAUUGAGGAAGGCGUGACGAAAACGUUCACCUGCGCCCGAGCCCUGGUCGGGCAGUACGUGUUCCUGCAGCUGGUGGGCGUCGAGGGUAGCCUCAGUCUCUGCGAGGUCGAGGUUUUCGCGACAGACGAAUUCGCGGUCGACAGGUGCGCCCACGCUGGAACGCCGGCCGAUGCCGAUCUGGCGGCUUUCAACUCGACGUGCUACGAGUUCGUCAUCAAUCGGGGCGAUACGUUCCAACAGGCGCGAAACUACUGUCAGGCCCGCGCUGGCGACCUGGUGCACGGAUUCAAGGGCGUAGCGUCGACUUUUAUCCUGAACAACCUGGAGAGGCGUAAGAGUAAACUCAAGACCCAAUUGGUGUGGAUCGGCGCGCUAAAGGAGCCCUCGAUAACCGUAAGGACUUGGAAAUGGGUCGAUGGCGAGGUGAUUCAGAAGCCACACUGGGGCAAGGAGCAGCCGAACAAUUACAACGGCGAGCAAAACUGCGUCGUGCUGGACGGCGGCAGAUCGUGGCUGUGGAACGACGUUGGGUGCAACCUCGACUAUCUACACUGGAUCUGCCAGAGCAAGCCAUCGACAUGCGGGAGCCCAGAGAAGCUGGAAAACACGACGAUAGUAAGCUCGAAGCAGAGGGUCGGCUCUGUCAUCGAGUACGCCUGCCCGAGUGGUCACAUGCUGCUCGGCGAGCGAGAGCGCACCUGCGAGCCCAGCGGCUUUUGGAGCGGCUCCCCGCCAUCCUGCAAAUUCGUGGAUUGCGGGUCGCUCGAGGAGCCGGAAAACGGGACGAUCGAUCUAUCGGAGGGCCGGACGACUUACGGCGCGGUCGCCGAGUACUCCUGCAAGGAGAACUACACCCUCGUCGGGGACUCGAAGCGCAGGUGCGGCGAUGGUGGCCUCUGGAGCGGACACAAGCCUCAGUGCCUCGUCGACUGGUGUCCGGAUCCACCGGAGGUGAACGGCGGCGUCGUCUCGUUCGGCGGCAAACGCGCCGGAUCUAAGGCCAGCUAUACCUGCCAGAACGGCUUUGUUCUGUUUGGCGACAGUGUCCUGACGUGCGACAUCGGAGGCCAAUGGUCGGGCAAGGUACCGCAGUGCCGGUACGUCGACUGCGGUGCCCCGGCUCAGGUGUCCCACGGCAGCGUGAGGCUCGUCAACGGCACCACGACCGUGGCCAGUCUGAUCGAAUACAGCUGCGACGAGGACUUUUGGGUGGACGGCGAGGCCAAACAGGAGUGCACCAGGGAGGGCAAGUGGAGCCACAAGACACCCCAGUGCGAGCUGAUAACGUGCUUGGAGCCCGAGGUGCCCAACGGCAGUUACGUGGUCGGCUACGAUCUUUACGUGCACAGCACUAUCGAGUACCACUGCGAGGACGGUUACCUGCUGCACGGGGAGGCCAAGCACACUUGCGACAAGAACGGAGAGUGGACCGGAGAACUGCCAUGCUGCGAGUUCGUCGAUUGCGGCAAGGUGGUGCCAGUUCCGAACGGCUCGGUCGACUACGUCAACGGGACGACCUUCCUGGGGAGCGAGAUAACGUACAGCUGCGUGAAAAACUACAAGCUCGUCGGCACGCCGAGACGCUACUGCUUGGACAACGGCUUCUGGAGCGACGCCACGCCAAAGUGCGAAGAGAUCCGCUGUCCCGAGCCGGUGCUGGCCAAGCACGGAAUCCUGUCGUUGACGGGUAACGACAGGAUGUACGGGCGCACCCUCAUAAGAACGGGCACAGCAGAGAACUCAAACACCGGGGCUACCUCGUACAAAAUCGGCGCCCUCGCCAAGUACAGGUGCGAACGGGGCUACAAGGUCGUCGGCGAUUCCCUAUCGACUUGCGAGGACAACGGAAAGUGGAGCGGCGACGUGCCCCAGUGCGUCUACGUCGACUGCGGUAAACCCGAGGAUACCGAGCACGGCAAGUUUACGCUCACCUCGAACGUCACCUACUACGGGUCCGCCGUGCUUUACGAGUGCGACAACAACUACGAGCUCGACGGCUUUGCCAGGAGGUUGUGCCUUGACAACGCCACCUGGAGCAACGAGGUCCCCAGCUGCAAAGAGAUUAAGUGCAAAGAGCCGGAAAAAAUCGGCAUGGCGAGCACGCAAGUCUCGACUCACAGUGUCGGGGGUGUGGCCCACUACAACUGUCCCAGGGGCUACAUAAUGGAGGGCAACGAGACGAGGGUCUGUUUGCAAAAUGGAUCCUGGAGCGGCAGGUCACCGUCCUGUUUUGCCGUCGAUUGCAAGCAUCCACCGUCGGUGGACAACGGAAGGGUUAUCGUCGUUAACGGCACCACGACUUACGGAGGGGCCGCCGAGUACCACUGUUUGCCGCAAUACGAGAGAUCCGGUCUCUUUUUGAGGAAAUGCCUCGACACCGGCUUAUGGAGCGGCGAAGAACCCAAAUGCGAAGAGUCAACGAACGAGCUCGCCGAAGCCCAGGGAAUCGGCACUAGCGUGGGCAUCGGAGCUGGUGUGAUCGUCGUCAUACUGAUCAUCAUCGGCCUGGUCUACCUUAGAUUACGCAAAGCUACGCCGGUGAAGAACACCGAGAACGUUCAGGCAGCCGAGCGCAAGGAAGACCAGAACGCGGCGGUCAUGUCCUACGCGACGCUCAACGACGGCUCACCCAACACGAUGUACGAAAAUGUUCCUGAGGAUGGCCUCUACGAUCACCCUUACAGCAUGGCCGGCAGUACUUACGGAUAUGGCACCGGACAGAGGAGGAAUUACAACAGAUCCGGGCACUACGAGGCGGAGCCGGUUGUCAGAAACGGCAUAACCAUCAACGGGGUGUCCGUCAGAUAG